AUGACAUCAAAGAUUCGGAAAACAAGUAAGAAUUUAAGAUGUAGUAAAGACAAAGGACGCAUCUACUUUGUUUUAUUCAAUUGUGAUUCUUCAAAUUAUACUUGCAAAAAUAGCUUUUUAGAUCCCUUACUGCAGUUUGAAACCCAACUGAAGAUAAUAGAGUCCUCCUUUAAAAUUGUAUUUGCUAUACCAACUCUUGAGAAAGUGAAGGAAAUGGGAAACAGUAAAGAUGACCCAGAGGACCUGGAAAAUUUAUAUCAAAACAUUUUAAACAUAUUUGAGGACACUCUUCUGAUCUUAGUGUCUAGAGACCUCUAUAAACUGCAAAUCUUAAAGGACAUGGCUGUGUGGAUGAAUGAAGAUAGUUCGUACCUGCAGGAGAGAAUUAUAGUGAUCAUCAGCAGUGUGCUAAGCUUUGCAUCCAGGAAAGCCAGGGGAUAUGCAAGUGUUGAUGCUCCAUGUUUGGGUGUCCUGGCAGCAGAACUGUCUCUUCUGUGUUGCCACAAUGAUCCCUUAAUCACACAACAAGCAUCCUUAGGACUGUAUCACCUCCUCUGCAUUGCAAAGUGUCAGAAUGCGGAUAAUGAAAAAAAUAAAUCCACAAUAUAUGAUAAGUCUGGAAAUCAGUGCCUCCUGCCUAGUCCCUCUGAUACGGAAUUCCUACCUAAGGUCUCACAAUGGGACAAAACUAAAAUUACCCAGAGUGUAGGACACACCCUACUGCCAUCCUUGCUGACUGACUUUGUGUGGAGUCUCCUGAUGAGACUCUCUUCACCUAAUUAUAUAAUCGCAUUCAAGGCGUCAACCAUGCUGAAACUGACUCUGGAAUAUCAUGCGCAUAAGAUCACCAUGGUGUCUACGAUUGUGGAUGCUAUUUAUAAGCAAUUGCGUCAAGAUUCUUCUCAUGUUAUGAGGCAUACUAUGUUGCGGGUCAUCACCUUGUUAACACGCACUUCACCGAAGAAGGUUAUCUUUCAACUUAUGGAUUACCCAGUCCCAGCAGACAACACUUUGAUACUGAUGUGGCAGGCGGCAGGUUCUGAGUCAAGUGUGGCCCCUCAUGUGCUGAAGACAAUCUUGCUGAUACUGAAAGGAAAGCCUGGAGAAAUGCAGGAUAGCUUCAUGGAAAGAAGACGUUUCUCUCUUGAUACUACUAAUAUGAUGCCUGUAGCGGCAUCCCAGGCCCUGUGCACAUUGUUGCCUGUUGGUUCUUACAAGAAAGCAGUGGCCCAGUUUUUCCCCCAGCUCUUGAUGGCCCUCAUGCUUCAACUCUUCUACAGCAGUGACCUGAGACUGAUGACAGAGAACAGGAUGUUCUAUGCCAGGGACGCCCUGAGAGUUCUGCUGAAUUGUUCUGGACUGCAACAGGUGGAUAUUGCUCUAAACGAAAAGAAUUGCUGGAACCAGUUUAACCAAGCGCUGUUUCAUCAUCACGGGGUCUACCUUGUUGCCAACAGAAAGCAAAUAAGCAAAUAUAUUAACACUAUUGGCAAAAAGUUUUUCCAGCUUCUAAAUAACUUCUUCAAGGACCCAUUCCCAGAAGAGUUUUUGGUUCUCUUCAGAAACUGGGUCAAUGACUCCAAUCCUGCAGUUAGCAAGCUGAGCCUUCAGAAAAUCGCCAGCAUGGCGCCAGUUAUCAAUGAGGCACAAAAUGUCUGCAGCUUAUUAAUAUCCAUCUUGGAUGCCUUCCUUUCAAAAGACAAGACUGUUAUAAUUCGGGCCUUGAUCACCCUUCGAAGACUUUUAGUCAAGCUGGACAAGGUGACCUACUCCUCUUUGUGUACUAGAAUUGCCUCCAGCUACUGUCCUCUGAUGGAUCAUAGUAAUGGAGGCAUUCGGAGUAUGGCCAUUCAACACUUUGGUGAAUUACUCAGGGACAUGAGUCAGUACACAUGGAUGCUGAAUGAUGUGGUUCUUGGAGGCUUGGUGCCUCUGAUCCUGUUUUUGGAGGACACAGAAGUAAGAGUAGUUCAAGCAUGUAAGUAUACAUUAGCAAUUUGUGUCUCAGAAUUAAAUUGGCCAACAUCGUAUUUGCUCAAAGACGAAUUUUACAGUUUUGAGGUGGUGGUGCUCAACAUCUGUAACAAUCUUCUUACUUCUCAUGAGAACUACAUUACAGAUUUGAUCUCUGAUACCUUAGGAUUCCUGAGAAGCUCCCGAGUAUAUCUGAGGAGAGCAUCAGUUAUUUUAAUAGGAUACUUGGCAAAAUUAGGUGGCCAUUUACUGCUCAGAGAUGAAAUUGAAGUCAUGCUUGAGGCUAUUGACCGAGUGCUUCGGGAUGAAGACCCUGUGAUCAGGAAGUUGGCAGAAAUAACCUACAAAAUUUUUAAGGAAAUAGCCCAUAGAUUGACCUCCUCAAAUCUUAAACAAAUCUUCCGAAGAGUAUUUAACUCUAUCUUCACAAAAAAAUUGAAGCCUCUUUAUAAUUAUAACUGGCCCAACAACCUGGCAGGCAGUCCUAUGAGGAUUAAGGAAACCAAGAAUGACAAGGAAGUCCAUACAGAUGAGAACUAUGAAUCCAAUUCGGUAAAGAAUGAGAUGUUGGUCUGUGGCUCGGAGCACAUCUCAGAAGAGAUAUGA